AUGCGUGAUGAUGGAUACAAUGCUGGAUUCGAGCCUGCUCGACCUGGACGGAAGCAUUCAUCAUACGUAGCAAAACAAAGUCAGACCAGAGAUCAAAGAGACCAACGAGAGUCUCAAUAUCAAGAUUCGCAUGGAUCUUAUGGUCCCAUAACGCCCACAAAUCCACGUCAACAAUAUGUCAACACGUCACCAUAUGCAGAACAGCAACCAACAUCAGACAUGAGGAGGAUUAGCACAAACCACAACGAAAAGAGGCAUAGAUCGUCUCCGCCAUCGCCAAAUAGACCUCAUAUGAUGACGUCGCCGAUUAGUCGGGUUUCUACGGCUUCCUCAGUGCGUCGAAAUGAUGAAGUCGCACCACCAUGGAAUGCAACAACUACGCUAGAUAAACGAGCCUCAGUCUCAGUUCACGCUAUAGCAUCUGGUGGACCACUUAUCGUCAAUUCACCACCAAGAAUUCCACCUAGACUACCACCACCAAGACCACGUGAAUCUGUCACGAAUAAAGGUCCUCGUGCCUCAACUGCCAGCAGUGGUAGUCUCGUAAACACCUCACCAUCAAAAUCCGUACUCGAAGUAGCUAGACUGAAAGCUGCAAGGGAAGAGAGACGAGCUAAGCAAGCAGAAAGAAAACGAGAACUUCAAGAUUUGAAUCCAGAUGAGCGUGAGAAUCGAGAGUAUAUGAACUCGAUAAAAUCCUUCCGUGAUGAAUUUGAUGCCCAGAUUAAUGCUCUCGGAGACAGAAUACGGAAUUCAGAUAGCAACUCUGACAGAAUAAGGGUUUGCAUGCGUGCUAGGCCGGUAAACCAUCGCGAAUCUCAAGACCAUCAAUUUAACAUUGUUACUGCUCGCACUACAUCGUUCCCGUUCUCCCACUGUUACAUUCAUGAGCCUCGCCAACGGGUUGAUCAGACAAAAGAAGUAGUGCACCAUCGUUUCAUAUUUGAUGACGUAUUCGACGAUACCGCUUCAAACGCUGAUGUUUAUAACGCUGCCGUUCGACCACUAGUCGAAAGUGUGUUCAGAGGAGGAAAAGCGACUCUUUUCGCAUAUGGGCAAACUUCGUCUGGCAAGACGCACACAAUUUUUGGAAAUGACAAGGAGCCAGGAGUUUACGAUUACGCGACACGAGAUCUUUUCAAAAUCUUGAAAUCCAAACGUGGUGCAUCCGACACGUUUGUACUCGAAGCUCAAUUCUUUGAAAUUUAUGGUGGACGAGUGUUUGACUUGUUUGCAAAGAAAGCACGCGUUGAGCUUCUUGAAGAUGCAAAAGGGAAUGCUCGUCUAGUUGGGCUGUCCUCUAUACCAACCGGGACGCCAGACGAGUUAAGGAGACUCGUCGCUGCUGGCUCAUUGGAACGAACAACUGGAGCAACCGAUGCCAAUGAACAAAGUUCUCGUUCUCAUGCGGUAUUGCAACUGAGUAUAUUACGGGAAAGUGAAAACGGUAAAGGAAUGGUACCUGUAGGACAUCUGGCUCUUGUUGAUCUAGCUGGAAGUGAACGAGGGGCUGAUACGGCUGGCAAGGAUGUGCCGAAACAACGACGAGUUGAAGCUGCCGAGAUAAACAAGUCGUUGCUAGCCUUGAAGGAAUGCAUUCGAGCUCUUCAUCGAAAGAAUGCAGCCCACGAUGAAGACAGACACGUUCCAUUCCGAGCGUCAAAGCUGACACAGGUGCUAAGAGAUAGCUUUAUUGGUCCACAAUCACAGACAGUGAUGAUUGCUGCUGUAGCUCCAUCCAACGCCUCUGUCGAGCACACCUUAAAUACUCUCCGAUACGCUGACCGAGUGAAAGAGUUCCGUGGCACUGAAGGUAGCCGUGGGUUCGGCGGUGGAGAAGAAGUACAGCGACCUGGUCUCGACACCUAUAUUCAAGAAGAUAUGGAUGAUGACGUGUCUCCUGAUGGAAGUCGUGAACUAAGGGACUCGUCAACAUCGCAAAAUGGUCUCCAUCCACUUGUAGAAGGCUAUGAAGGUGCGCAAGACCUUGCACGACCACCUUUAAGACCGUCAUCGACAUCAACGACAGCCUCCAACUCUCCUCGUCAACAAAAGAAGGCCAUCCCACAACCGAAAUCGUCUAGCCAAACACCCAAACUACCGAAAAUAGAACCACCGUCUGCUACUUCUCACUUCCGAUCACUGUCAGCCUUACUUGAAGAGGAAGACGCUCUCCACAGGCUUCACAAGUCCUCAUUAGCCCAGUUACGAGACCUAGAUGAAACAGAAGCCAGACUACUGGCUGAAGCUGCACGUCCAGAUCACGAUGUCGAUUCAUAUCUAGAAGGCAUUGAAAAGAUGCUUCGACGCAGGAAAACAGUGUGGGAUGUCUUGAAUGAGAAGGUUAGCCUCUUUAGAAAGCACAUUGACGAAGCAGAAAACUCCUAG